AACAGCUUUAAAGAUGGCGGAAUCGAUAGAAACAGCAAGCGUCGACACAAGUACUGAAAAUAAGGAUCAAUGUGAGGAUUUUUUCCUCAAAAGUGGCCAAUUUGAUGAAUUAUUUGAACAUAUUCGUCGAACAAAAGAACACAACGAUGCACUCGCAAUUGAAACAGAAAUGUUUAAAAAAUUCCUUGAGAGAGUAUCUCCUCUUGAUGCUACUUUAGAUACAAAAUGGAAUAUAGCUCCACAGCCACCACCUGGUCAAGACCAAUUGAGUACGAUGCCUGGCAGUAGAGCGUCGCGAAAGAGAUCAAAAUCUAAAGUUGGAGCAAUAGAUAAAACUCAUAAACUAUCUCCUGAACAAAAGUGCGAAAUUUCCCAAAGAGAAACGGAUGAGCUGAAAUCAGAAUUAGUCCGUCUUAAAGAGAAAACAUCAAAAGAUAUAGAUCUUUAUAGAGCAAUGAUGGAUGAAGCGGAAGAAAGGGAAGCUGAAAUAAAUAGAGCAAGAUAUGAAUUCGAAAGAGAUAUUGAAAAAGGAGCAAGAAACGCAAGAACCAACAAAGUCGUUGGAGAGAAAGUUCGACGUUACUUGGAAGAAUAUUUGAAGAGAAGAAAUGAAAAAAUUGAUAAAUUAAAGUUAAAAAAUUCAACUCUAAAAGGUCAAAAGAAAAAAUUAUCUAUGCAAUUAAAGCAAAAGGAAGAAAUGGGCGAAGUUUUGCACGAAGUUGACUUUAAUCAACUUAAAAUAGAAAAUCAACAAUAUAUAGAAAAGAUCGAUGAACGUAAUCAAGAUUUAUUAAAGCUAAAGAUGACUGCUGGUAACACGCUUCAAGUACUUAAUGCUUAUAAACAUAAACUACAAGAAUGUACAGAGUUAUCGAAAAGAUUAGAACAAGAGGCUAACUCACGGAAAGAGCUAUUGGAAAGAAUUGAUUGUGAAACAAGUCAAGUUGAAAAGGAGCGAAACAAGGCCGAAAGUAUUAAUAAAAAACUUAAACAACAAUUAGACGAUUAUAAAGUACCAGAGGUAAUGGACUAUGUGACAGAGAAGGCUGAUGUUUACGAACUGCAAAAGAAAGUUAAAAGUUGGGAAAGAAAAUUAGAAAUUGCAGAGAUGGCUUUAAAAAUUCACAAGAAAGAUUGGACUCGUUUACAAAUGACUAAUCAAAAUAAUCCCUGGUACGCUUCUGUACCUGCUCCGCCCGCGCAACAAAAAGUUCAAACACAAUAG